CUCGAUAUCUUAUUCUAACACGAAAUGGAGACACAUGCGUCCGUACCACUGGGUCCCGAAGAGCAGGCCACAGUCAAGACCGAAUACGAUGAAUUCCUCAGAUCUGUUCGGGUCAAGGAGCUGCCCAUAUCGGCUCUGGCACAACUCUCGCUUGAUGGUCCUCAGUACAAACCAGUCCAACCAAAAAUCGCACACACUUUUGCCAUCCCAGGUCCCCGUCCCAAAACCAAUCUGGCCAUUAGCAGUGUGUCUGGUGGCCAGGAUCUCAUUAAUGUCCCGACGGCGACUGUUUUCAUACCGAUUCAAGCUUUCACGAGCAAUGUGGUUGGACCCAUUAAUCCCGCGCCGGACGUUUCGACACCGCUUGAUAUCAAUGUGAUUGGUGCCAAGAAGGAACCCGUUGAGUGCCCGCCGUCUGUUUCACCACCGCUGGACAUUAAGACAGAGGUGGAGGUGGCCCUUGCGGCCAUUGAGCUUGCCAUUGAGAUGGAAAAUGUACGGGAAAAUAACCCAGAAGAGGCACAAGAGAAAUCACCGGAGAAAAACCGCACUCCCGUGGAGAAGCCCGAUGAUGCCACUCUAAAUCCUAAUCCGCGGUAUAUACCGAUCAAGAGCGCCAAGUACUACACAAAGAAGCUACUCGUUCGGGUGAAGCGCAUUGAUCAGGACGAGUAUUUGCCGCUGUCCAGCAUGGCAAAGCGCCCAAAGAAACGUGAAUCCAUGUACAUCAAAUGCACAUAAGUUUAUUUUAAAAAAUACAUUACUAUAAAUUACAACUUAA